AUGUUAGACUUUCCGAUCAUUAUUGAUGCCGACAUUAACUCGCUGUCAGUCAAACUGGCCCGUUGUUGUUUGCAAUAUUACUUAGAAUUGAACGCAGUUAAAAUAGUGAAAAUAGUUGUGCCAGAAAUAAUACAGUACGGUGUGCAAGACGCUGUGAUUCUAGACUGUGACUAUGCUUACGGUAACAACACAUCGGGACUGGUAGUGAAAUGGUUUUUCAGAAACAAAGCUAGACCUGUCUACCAAUGGAUCGUGUCGCAAAAGCCACAGGACAUGGGGAUAUUGAGAGGACGUGUUGACUUAGCCUACAGAGCAUCAAGCGAUCCAUUAAAAAUGCACAGAGCACUCCGCAUAAUGAAGCCCAACACCGACAUAUCUGGUGAUUACACGUGUGUCGUUUCAACAUUCAUGGACGAGGAUUCAAGAACUAAGCAAAUGAUUGUUUUUGUACCGGAGACGAACUUCUGCCUGAUCCUGAACAAGACUCACGAUGAUACUGUGAACGUCAUAUGUGCUGCGGACGGAGUGUUUCCUGAACCAAACCUCACGCUAGCCACACCAGAGAGGAGGCUGGAUGGAGUUUCUCGGCCCAUUAGCACAACACCUGAAAUGCCGACUGCGGCCGACAUGCAACUCGCUGCAGCUAUUGGCUCUAAAGGUGAGAAAUAUUAUAUAUUGAUAAGCAUAAACCUCUAA